UUAAGGCGAGGGAAUAUUCGGUCGUUCACGGAAAACACGAUCGUCAUUAUGACAGACACACGAAGAUCAUUCACAGAUGCUGAAACCCUUGCCCUAAUUAACGCAAGGGUUAAAAUGGAGCACCUGUUCAGUGGCAAACGAAAUGCUGCCAAAUCAGGCUGGGAGCAGGUUGUUAAAGAGAUGGGUCUGGAGGGUCAGGUGACUGGUCCACAUGCAUCAAACAAAUGGGACAACCUGAUAACAGAAUACAAGGAGUUAAAGGAUCCCCCAACUGGGACAAGAACAGACCGGGGUGAGGCCUCAGCAGCUACCUGGCCAUGGUUUGAGGCCAUGCAUGAGGCAAUUGGGGGAUGGCCAUCAAUUCAGCCUCCCACCCUAGUUGCCUCAUGCCCGUUGUCAAGCCAUGGCCAGACUGCUGCUGAGGCCUCCACCUCUGCUGGAGAAGGGCCUUCCCAAGUUUCCCUCAGCAGUGAGGAGCAGUCCGUGCCCUCCACCAGCUCCCAACCACCAACUAAAAGGCCAAGGCGAAGAAGCAGCGUGUUGGCCUUCCUGAAAAAGCAGGCAGAGAAGGAGGAGGCCCGUGAUGCAGCGCUCUAUGAGCAGAAUGAGCGACUUAUCAAUUUAUUGUCAGAGCUUGUUAAAAAGAAAUAA